AUGCCGUUCGGAAUAUUGUGGUUUACAGUUGCAAUUGCCAAUGAUUAUGCUUGUAAAGGACUUGACCAUCUAGAAGAGAAAUUUCCUGUACUUCACAAGGAUUCCACAAAAAUUGCAUCUGAUCUGAAAGAAAUGGCAAUUGGGAAAAUGAGAAGCAUAAAGGAUAAAGUCACCAAUCCUAUCCUUCACAUUUCUGAUAUAGCAAUAAGUGUGGUCAUCUGCAGAUUUGAGAAAAUGAAAGUCUUUGUUAACGAAAGUGUGAUUUCAGUUCUGAGCAGUGGAAUUGGAAGAUCAAUAACUAACGGGGAUGCUGCCUUAUCACAAUCUCAGCAGCUGGCUGACUUUUAUCUGCCAGUUGAAGGUGGAAAUGGAACUUUAGGUGAGGCUAUACCUAGUGAGGAAACCAUCCGCUCUUCCAAGUUGCCAAUCAGGAAAUGUAUGAAGCCUGAGGUUCUUGACUUUUGUAAGAGUUUUCAAAGUUGUUUGGUUACCAACCUGAAUGAAAUAACAAAUCUUUUACAAAAGAAGUUGCAGCAAGUUUUUGCCAUCAUUCAGAAGUUCAACCAACAGCUUUGGUCCAAUAAUCUUGCCAUCACUCCGGGCUGUUUUAUAUCCCAAAUAAAGGGAAAAUUGUGGAAUGCAUGGAAAGCCCUAAUUGUGAAGAAAGAGCAUGUCCUAAGCUAUCUUGUCAAUAUCGUGCUGCUCCCUGGAAUAUCUGCAGAAGAGGAUGAGCAGCUGCUUGGAACGGGAGAGAAUAGAAAUCGAAGCUGGAGAUCGCUCGCGGCAAGACCAGUCGAGGAGAAAAUAGCGCAAAUGUCUGAUGUAAAACCCAAACCACAGAUCUCCCCAGGAAGAGAGGCUGACCCUGUAGCCAGUGAAAAUUCAAGUUCUACAACUGUAAUAGAAUCAGAGGGUGUAAUGCCUGCAGGUUUCAGCUUGGGACAGAACGACCAGGAAGAGACAUGCCCAGAGUCUGUGAUCUCUAAUAAACAUUUACAGAAAGACUUUGAGCAACCCGAAGCUCAGGAGCCAGUAUUCCAGGAGCAGCAAGUCAGGGAAGACUUAAGGGAGUCGGAGCUGAGCUGUCCUAAACCAUCCUAAUUUUAUAAGAUUUUGGAACAGCCAGAGCAGGAUAGUGAAUUAGACACAGCAUUGGUCCAACUUGUCAAGACAUUAGCAGUGAGCAAUCAAAAAAAUAAAAAUAAUCAUUGUGAACAAGCACUCUUCACUAACAAAAACUUCAAACAAAUAUUUGGCUAGAAAGUUGGUCAAAAUCUACAGUUUUUAUCUAAACCUAUUGUUAGCAAUCAGUUUAUACUGUUGUCUAAACACCUGACCAUUCUGGACUGCUGCUUAACAUUGAUGAGGUUUCACUGCAACUUAACUGCUUAAGUGACCUCUUGUAUUAAAUGUAGAACUAAGUGCCAGUUAGUGGGUGGCAGUGCUGUUAGAAUGGAAUCAUCACAGCCUCUUCGAGGGAAGGGAACUGAUCUAAACACUUUUUUUUAUAAUGUGGGAGCAGGUUUGAAUAGGAUAGGGUUUUCGGCUUCACUUUAAGAAAAAGUUUGAGGGACAGGGAGUAACUUCCGAGAAGCUAACCUCAGGAGAUGAAAUCGGCUGAGUCAGAUCCAUGACUUGCAUACUGAUCCGAAAGGGAUUCGGCUUGAUGACUUGUCUGUCAACUUUGCCAUGGUGACACCUUAAAUGUAUAUGACAUUCCUGAUCACACUUUGCAGCUCUUCAUCCAUUAGCAUUUGUGGGUUAAUGUAUGUAACUUCCAUUUGUAUCUUCAAGUGUGUAAAUUUUUUUGAGCUUUUAGAAAUAAAACAGAGCUGUGGAAAUUGGAAACAAAACACAUAAUUUGCUGGAGCAACUCAGCAGGUCUGGCAGCGUAUGUGGAGAGAGAAACAGUUUAACAUUUUGGGUCCAGUGAAAACGGAAGGGUCUCUAGACCUGAAACAACAUUAACUAACUGUGCUUUUUCUCCGCAGAGGCUGCUGGAGCAGCUGAGUUUCUCCAGCAAAUUCUGUGUUUUUUUUUGUUUCUUUUUGAACUCACUUGCUACACUUUGUUUGUGAAGGUAGUCAACUUCUGGUCUAACAAGAAGUCUUGUAGAGUGAAGGAAAUGUAGUUGAUUGAUUGUGCCUUGGCGACUGUUUACACAUCAAAAUAGGCUCUACAUUUACUGCAAAGACUGUAGCAAGGAACUUGCCCUGGGUCUGUCUCCCAAAAGAUCCUAUUUACUCUCCUGCCAGGUAAGUCCUCAUGAUGUUAAUCAUAAUGAGUUCCAUAAGCACCAAUCAAAUCAAGUAUUAACUCUUUGCUAUAUGGAUCUGGAAGCAUCUGGGCAAUCACAGUAUUUAGGAUCCAUUUAUCACCCUUUCAGGUAGGGAGUACUAGACCCCUUUCACAUUCGCUUUUUUUAAAAAAAAUUCACUCCUCAGCUCCAUUCUAAUUUAAAAUUUCUUCCCUUUUUUAUUUGGCUGUUCCUUUCCCCUUUAUCUAGGCUUGGCAAUUCCUAACACCUUCAUUUAAAAUCCCUCUGUGGUUUCCUGUGCUCUGUAGAAAGCAACCCAGUAGAAUGUCCUCAUCUGUAAAUACAAUGAAGGAGCUUGGGGGUGGGGAUGGCUUUUGUUGCUGCUCACUAUGAUGAAAUUACCUUUAGUACGCUGAACCGCUUCAAUAACAUAAUGUGCUCAAUAUUAUUUCACCUUGUUGACAUUGUGAUGUUAUUUUGAUUAUAAAGGAGUGACUGGAAUGUACCACAGUGCUAUCCUUUUUACUUGUAAACUGCCUGCUUUAGCAACAUUAUAAGCCCCACAAUGAUUUCACUUGUAGAAAGUCCUGUUAAUGACUGACACAGUGGCUUAAUGCAGAGCAAACUUUGUUUUGGAGCCAUACGGAACAACAGGAUGAUGACAACAACAGCAGCAAUAACAAUUUACACUAACCUGGUGCCUUUACUAUAAUGAGUUUCCACACCAGUAUUCCAAAACAUUGUAUGAUUCCAUGUCACAACAUGUUAUUAGACGAAUAAAAAUGGAAGUGGUUGAUUUUUGAAGUGUUAAAAGAUUUUUGAGGAAAGUGGAUAUGCUCUAUCCAUACCAUUUAACAUUAAUGAAAAAUAAUGAACCUAGCCAUUCACUCAACAUAGUCACUUUAUACUGUUUUUGUAAAAGAUACUUUGAGAACAAGUAAAGAUCAUUAGGCCUGAAACACCCAUCACUUCUUAAUAAAUCAAAACUAACCUUACCACCUCCUUUCUCUCUCAAUCUUUUUCCUCCAGAAGUGCAGUUUUUUUUUGAGCCCGUUCAUACUGUCUGCUUUCAUACACUUCCCUGGUAGCUUGUUUUGAUCCUGAAUCAUUAUGCAUGAAAUCACUCCUCCACACUCUCAUCCUUCUUUCAGAUAUAAACUCCUUCAGGACUUGAUUCCCUGCAUCAGAAUUCACAAUUGGUCCAGAUCAAUUUUAAUCCCAUGUGUGAUCUGGAAAUUUCAACUUGGGUUGAUCUUAAAGUUUUGCCUCAAAAAGAACAAAUGUUCCUUGUAAAUUGAAAUGUGACUGCAGUUACAUUAUUGAAUGAGUGUAUCAUGCUCUGGGCCUAAAUAGCAUCACAAUAAAUGUAGUUUUUGUUUAGAGCUUGA